CGCCGUUGUCUCAUUCUUAUAAAACCUACCUACUCUUCCCUCUUUAUUCAUCUCUUCAGUUUCUCUCUCGCUUUCACCGCUUAGUUUAUGUUCAGUAAUAAGUCCUAAGUUAUGAGCAAUCAAGACCAAUUAUCUGGAGGUUGUCGUGAUACUGGAAACUCCAAAAGUCUGCUUAUUGAAAAUUCAUCUCAGAAAAAAACAAAGAUUGAUAUAGAAUGUGAAGAAAUUGAUCGGAUCAGCCAACUACCUGAGGGUCUCAUUGUUCAAAUUCUUUCUCGGUUGUCCAUAAAAGAGGCGUUCAGAACAAGUAUUCUCUCUAAAGAUUGGCAAUACUUCUGGACUUCUAUCGACAACAUUGUUUAUGAAGAGGAGUAUGGUCGUCCAGAUAGCUCGACAGAGACGGUGCACAAAUUCAUUUUCGUAACAGAUAAUGUACUACCUCUCCUUAGCUGCUCUAGCAUUAAAAAGUUCAGUCUAAACAUUGUGUUCACAAAUGAUAAUGAUGUUGUGUCUUACUAUCCCAUAAUUGACAAGUGGCUUGAAUUUGCUACGAGUAAAAAAGUGGAGGAUUUAUGCUUGAAUAUAAGCUACAGAUAUCUUGAUACGAGUCCGCCCCAACCCUAUAGCUUGCUGCAAGUUCUCUGCAGUAGUUCAUCAAUUGUAACACUGAACUGCGAGUAUUGCAUACUAUCAGAAGAUUGUGUACUAAAUUGGACAUCUCUGAAGAGUUUAAAGAUGCAAAGCUUGUAUCUCCUGGAUGAACACAUUAAACAAAUAUCAAAUUGUCCUCAAUUGGAAUCUUUGGAGCUGCAUGACUUUUUUGGUUUUAGUCGUCUGCACAUGACUUCUCCAAAAUUUAGGCGAUUGCAAUUGACCCAACAUUAUUUCCCUUAUACGGAGUGGUAUUCAUACGAAGGUGAUAUAUGUUGCUUAGAAAUUAUUGCUCCAUAUGUUGAACAUUUGACGAUUACUGGGAUUUUAAGUCAUACGAAAAUUAAGCUCGGGGACAUGCCGUCUUUGAACCAUGCCACUUUUAAUCUCUACUGUGAUGAACAUAAUGAAAUGGAUUUAAACAUAGAGAAAGAUCUGUUGCUAAGAGUUUGUUGUGCUAAUGAGCUAAUACUCUCAUCCCGGUUUAUCAAGGUGAUUUCCAAUUUGAUGUUGGAAGAGGAACACGUUUCCUUACCGUUGAUGGAAUGCAGAUGCUUGACGAUGAGUUCCCGUAUUUCAAAACUUUCCUUCCCAAUGCUAGACAACCUCUUAAGGUCAACUCAUAAUUUGGAAAAUUUGAUGAUAUUUCCUGAUAAGCCGUACCAUCCUUUUUUUGAGGUCGAAGACACUGAUUUACCAGAAGAUAAGUACCUCUCCCUUGAAGAGAACAUAUUCAAAGAUUUCUUACAAAAUUUAAAGAAUGUCAAGGUUAUGCCAUUUUGUAGUCCCAAGCGUAGAUCUGACGCAACAGAGCUCCAUCAAUUCUUGAAGUUCUUACUUGAGCAUGCAAUAAAUCUGGAGAAACUAGUUAUAGUGCCAGAGCAUAAGGAAUGCAAUAGUUGUUCUACUAAUACCUCAUGCCUAAUGAAGUAUUUGUUAGAUUUUCCAACAUUUUCUAUUAGUGCAAUUAUUUCCUUAGGGCCAGUUAGUCAUAAUGUUUUCUAUAAUGAUGUUUGAAACUGUCUUGUACUUAUGAAAACACAUAAGAUUGGGAUAUGACUGUAAUUCAGAUGUAGUUUGUUUGUUUAAUUGUCCAAG